CGUCGAAAGUCCCACAGUUUGAUUACAGUGAUCAACUUUCCCUUCAGCGCAGAAGCCCAACUCCAGACGCCGUCGCCUGUGCCAACGACAAUUUCAAGAAAAGGACAACAUGGGUCGUGUUAGAACGAAAACCACCAAGAGGGCUUCGAGAGUCUUGAUUGAAAAAUAUUAUCCUCGUCUGACUCUCGAUUUCCACACCAACAAGCGAAUCAUCGAUGAAGUUGCUGUUGUCCCUUCAAAGCGUCUCCGUAACAAAAUUUCGGGCUUCACCACCCAUUUAAUGAAGCGCAUUCAAAAGGGCCCUGUUCCUGGUAUUUCAUUCAAACUCCAAGAAGAGGAGAGGGAGCGAAAGGACAACUACGUGCCCGAAGUAUCCGCCCUCGAUGUGUCCAACGGCCUCGAAGUUGACCCAGAGACCAAAGCUUUACUCACUGCUCUCAACUUUGACUCUAUUGUUGUCAACGUUGUUAACCCUAUCGUGGUUGCCCCGGAGCGUGGACCAAGACGAGAGCGUCGUACCGUGCCUGGCGCUGCACGGUCGUGAGCUAUGGGGUUAUGUACCUAUGUGUUAUGAUGUAUGAAUCAUAAGGAUGUAUGCUACAAUCUGCUACAAUGCUCCUAUCUAUCCUUUGCUAGAAUGUGGUCGCCCACACAGAGGAGUGAUGAAUUCAAAUUCAGAAGCGCCACCCCCUUCCCCUCACUCAAUCUGGCAUUGAACCAUCAUGAAAUGGCCAGGAAAUGGCUCCGGGCUACUAGUGACACCCUGACAUGUAAUAUUGCUGUGAAUAUGGGGAAAUUGAUGUCGACAAUACUUGCUUCAUAUGGUGCAGUUCACUUAAACACU